AUGUGCGAUAGGGCAGACGGCCUCUCCCUAUUCGACCUCACCUCUAGUGCCUCCCCUACCCCGCCUGCUACUGCUGACAGCACUGUUCGCUCACAGUGGGCCACACGCGAUGCUGCUGCCCGUCUUGCUGUGCGUCGCCACUUACCGACCACUGAGCGUGCGCACUUUAGCCAGUACAAGAGUGCUCAGACCUUGUACGACGCUGUAGUUGCACGCUACUCUUCCCCUGCCACUGCUGCACUGAGCCGCCUCAUGCUACCGUACCUCUUUCCUGACCUUGCUUCCUUUCCCACAGUCGCUGACCUCAUUACGCACCUCCGCACUAGUGACACUUGCUACCGCGCUGCGCUUCCUACUGAGUUCUGCGCCAAGAACCCCCCCCCCAUGUACAUCACCCUCUACUACAUAGUCACCCGGCUCCCUGACUCUCUUCGCUUAGUCAGGGACCACUUCCUCUCAGUUUGCCCCACCACACUCACCGUUGACCUCCUUGAGGAGCGCCUCCUAGCAGCAGAGAAGAGCAUAGUCACUGUAGGAGCCUCUCGUGGUGACCCUCGCACCCUCGUCUUUGAGGGGUGUUCCCCUUCCCCCCUCUUGCCCUCUGUUGCUUCUGCUGCUGCUGCCGACCUCGUUGGUUUCUACGGGGUCGGCGCUGCGUCUGCCCCUAGCGGGAGACGCCGCACCGGCAAGGGCAAGGGGGGCAAGGGAGCUGGAGGGGCUGGCGGGAGCGGUGGAGGUGGUGGUGGAGGCAGUGGAGGGGGUGGGGGUGGUGGUGGGAGUGGUGGCGGGGGUGGCGGCGACGGUAGCAGCAGUGGAGGCUGCGGAGGCGACGGAGGUGGCGGAGGCGGCGGAGGCGGCGGCGGCGUCGGCGGCGGUGGAGCUGGUCGCGACUCUGCACAGAGGAGUGGUUCCGGUGGUGGUCCGCGUCAGCAGCAGCAACGCAGUCGUGAGACCCUGUCCCCUCAGCAGCUUCGUGAGUGUUACGCUGCGCGUCAGCGCGGUGGGGGUACUGGUCCCUGCACUUACGUCCUCCGUACCGGCGACCGCGCUGGUGAGCAGUGCGGGGGCCCGCACUCCACCCAGCGCUGCUUCGGCCGCCUGACGGACGCGUGGCGUCACCAGUUCCCUGAGGCGUCAGAGAUCCCUUGCUGGGGAGAUCUGUCUAGGGCGGGGGUUGCCAUCUUUGAUCUUGACUAUGAUGCUAUCCUUGCUGCCAUGUAUGCUGUGUCUGCUAGUGUUGAGGGUGACUGUUACCUGUGUGUACCGCCUGACCCGGGCAUUGAGGCUACUGCUCUAGGUGCUGGUGAGGCUGCUGUGAGAAUAAGCGAACAGGAAUGA